AUGUUUCUAACAUCCAACAAAGUGACGGCUGCCUGUGUUGUAGCGAUGAUGAUGAUGGUGAUGAUGAUGAGCGAAGCGGGAGCGAUACCGAAAGGAGGCGGCCAAUCAAAACACUCAGCAAAGACACGCAACAAGACGCAUGAUGCUGCGGCAGGAAUGGUCCCCCUGCAACUGGACCCCAAAUCUUUGGUUCCUACCACCAACAUCAGACCACUGGAGAACGCCUCCAUCUCCCCAUGGACGUACAAAGAAACCCCCGACGCCUCCCUCCUCCCCCCGGUGCUGUCGGAGGCCCGCUGUCUGCUGCAGGGUUGUCUGAACCUGGAGGGCGUGGAGGACCAGAGCCUGGAGUCCCGACCCAUAAUGCACCAGGCCAUGAUGCUGCGACGGGUCAAGUCGGCGGGGGGGGAGAGCUACCACUACAAGCUGGAGACCCGCCUCAUCGCCGUGGGCUGCACCUGCGUCCGACCCACAAUCACACAGCAGCAGUGA